UUUGCACAUUGGGAAGAACAGGAAACAUUAAGGCAAGUAGUGUUUGUCCACUACAACUCCCAGAAGACACCGCGCACCCGGAAGCUGUGACGUUGCACUCCGGGAGGAAGACGGAGAGGAGCUACAUCAGGUGGGCAAGAUGAUGAAGAGUAAGGCAGACGAGGAAGACUACUGGAACAGCUCCAAGUUCAUCGCCUUCACCUUCGAAGAUGCGGAUGAUGAGUUGAGCAGGCUAAAGGAGUCCAAGAAGGCAGUGAAUAGUAUCGGUGAACUGAUAGAGGAAGAUGAUGAGGAAGACUUGGAGAAGGUCAGCUGGAGUGGCGAUCCUGUUGGCAGUAUAUCAUGGUCCGUCAAAGAGAUGGCAUCUGCCAAUCAGAGGACAGACAGAGAGCCCGCCUUCCCGAAAAUCUCCACACAGACGCCAUCUCUCAACAAAAGCCAGUCGGGACUUUCUCUGAGUUCUCUGUUCAAAGGAAAAGCCAAAGGAGGAAACCUUCAGAGCUUCAGUGACAUGCUCGGCGACUCCUCCCUCCGACUCUACACGCCUGAGCUCCGAAAACCAAAAUCAGAGUACAAGGAUCUCGUUGGUGAUUGGUCGGCUGAGGAGACAGUUCAGAGGCUGCAGCAAGGAAAGGCCGUGUCUCUGGAGAAGUUUCGCUCCCUGCAGGACAAACUCCUGCUCCUGGAUCUAGCUGUCGCCGCUCAUGAUGGGAACGCCAUCACUGCCGUUCUGAUCUAUCUGAAGAGGACUCUUUGUAAAGAGGUUUUAUUCCGAGAGCUGGAGUCCAGGCAGACGGCUCUGAGACACUUCAUCCACUACUUGACAGAAACCGGAGAGCAGAGACUGCUGCUGGAGCUGCUCAGAGCUCUGGGCAGGACGGAGGAAGCUGCGCUGCUUCAGUAUAAAGAAUACAAGAACAUCACAGAUGAAAACAAGAGGCGGGACUUCUUGAAGAGCUCUCUCAGCCUCCCGUUUGCUGUUGAGGAUAUGGCUCACAUUCAGGAUCACUACACACUGCUGGAGAGGCAGAUCAUCAUCGAGGCAGCAGACCGGAAAGCAGAACGUGAAGCAAAGGUUGAAGUCUUCCAGAAAUUUCCCAGAAAAGCCUCAAUCCUCAACAUGCCACUGAUCACAACACUGUAUUACUGCUGUUUCUACCACUACAAUGAGCCGGAGGGAACUUUUAGUAGUCCGUUGAACGUCCGUCAGACAUUCAAGAUCUCGGAGAAGCAGUACUUUACGACGGCGCUGGCGGCACGGGCGAAGCUGAAGGCGUGGAUGGAUGUGGAUGCUCUGUUCAGCAGCAGGAACUGGCUGGGAUUCACCAAGAAGAAAUCACCGCUGAGCUUCCAGCGAGUCGUAGACAUCCUGCAGAAAAACUCCGCUCCUACACGCGUCCUGCAGGAGUACGUUGGACUCGUUAACGACGCAGAGCUGAGGAUCAGUUUGGCUCAGAAACAUAAAUGUCACGACAUCGUCAUCAACACCUACCGGGACAUGAAGGACCGGCAGAUGUUGGCAGAAUAUCGCAAGAAGGUGGAACGAGGUUCAGCGGAGGAGAGGAAGAUCGACGAGCUGCUCAGUAACUUGCAAAUCAGAUGGAAAAACUGAUGUCAUGCAGCUUUAGACUUUACUGUGAAACUGAAGUGCCAGCUUCCUGACUGAGACUGCAAAUCCAUCACCGUGGCAACAGGAAGGACCAAUCAGCCAUGCCAGGACCAGUUUUGGGGACUGACCAAAGAGCAGAGGAGAAAGUGGGUGGAGCCAUGUUUUCUGCUUACUCAUCGUCACAUCAACUUUCAUUGUAAAUUUUACUACAAAAAUUUAAAAUGACAAGUAAAAAACUGUAAAGGCAGAGACAGAGGUGGGACUUCAGAGCAGGUGAUGUCCCUCAGAGUGUCCCCUGAGAGUGUAUUAAGUCCUGGUUGUACCUCGGUCCAGUCUCGGGUCAGAACAGGUCCUGGGUGUGAGUCUAUGUUUACAUCAUUUUAUUUUAACAAUGUCUUUAUGUGCAUCUUAUAGAAAUAAAACUAAAAAGCAUAAAAUGA